CUCUCCAGGGUCUGUAAGUGGGCCCACUUCAGCUGUUUGUCUGUCCGUCGCGGUAUCUUCCUCCUUCAGGACAAAGUCAGAAAAAUCGAAAGUGAAAGCAGUUUGCAGGAGUCGGUCGUGUAACCAGAUAGGCUGCACGGCUGGAUCCAUACAUCCGAAAAACCUUCAGUGAUCUAAAAAUGUCAACACUCUCAUUCAAAAGACGUCAGUAUGAAUGAGUUUGUAGAAAUGUUCAGAAAGAAACUAGACUGCUUCACCAUCUCAGACUACCAUGGCCUGCACAGUCCAGGUCUCACAUGCUAUUUGAACAGCGUGCUUCAGGUGCUUUUCAUGACCAAAGACUUCUGGGAGGCAGUGAAACAAUGCAGAAAAGAUUCGACAACCAUUGACCGACAUCUGGACAGACUGUUUUCUGAUUUACAGAAAAGUGUUGCCAAAACACAUGAGGUCACAAAAAAACUGGGCAUAACGAAUGUAUAUGAGCAACGAGAUGCUGCUGAGUAUUUUGAGAAGAUCUUGUGUAUGACCAGUCCGGAGGCUGCCAGGAUGUUCAAGGGGGAACUCAUCCACAGGGCCAGUUGCCUCAAAUGCAAGGAGAGGAACGAUUCUAGGAGCUUUUUUUGGAUUCUGCCAGUUGCCGUUGAAGAUUUGUGUCAUCAGACCUACAGCGUGGAGAGAGGGUUGAAGGCUUUCUUCAACCGAGAAAACGUCGCUGGGGAAAACAAGAUGUACUGCAACCACUGCAAUAAGAAGCAAGAUGCAAACUUUGGAUGUAAGAUGACACAGAAUCCAGAGGUUUUGACCCUCCUGCUGAAGAGAUUCAGGUUUGACUACAAGUGCGGGUGUUACGUCAAGCUUCAUUGCAAAGUGGACAUCCCCCAAACUUUACACAUAAAGAAUUGUGACUAUGACCUCUACGCUUUAGUGAACCACUUUGGUAGUCUAACAGGAGGUCAUUACACUGCACAAAUCAAAUCUUUCGAGACUCAGGUGUGGUAUAACUUCAAUGACGACAUUGUGAAAAAAAUCAAACCACUAUUUGUUGCUGAAGACAAGCCUUUGAGGUCUUCUACAGCUUACCUCCUCAUGUACAGGAAGGUGAGAAGAAAUCUUGAAAAAACUGAUGAAGACCUGGAAGCUAACUGUGCACAUUCGUAUGUCGAGGCCGAAGAAAGACAUGUCGAGGCAGGGAGAGAAGUUUUUGUUCGUCAUCCUCAACCGAUGGAUGAAAGCUGCAAUGGAGAGCCAAACUUGAAUGGCGAUAUCUUAAAGAGGAGCCAUGAAGAUACAUUUUUCGGUGAACUGGGAAAAGAGAGAAGCCAGAGAGCGGCAUGUGUGAGGCCACACAAAGAGAUGUUGCCUCAGACAGAAACUACAGCGAAUGGAGAAACUUCUAAACCAAGUUUGCAAACACAAAAGGCAAGUUUUACAAAGUUACAGAACGAUGCAGGGCAAAAACGUCAUGAGCCUGACAGACAGCAGCUUGAUACAAACUCAAAGGAGCACAUGUGUCCUCUUAACACUGGAGGGAGCUUCACAGUAAAUGUGAGAAAACACAAUUCGGAGCAAAACCAUGAAUCUCUAAAGGAAGGAUUAAAGGCGAAUGAGACUAUCCGGGAAACGAAGAACAGAAGUUUUGCAAAGACUGGAACAAAAACAAGUGAGACUUAUAAUCUUACAAAAAAUAGAGUCAAAUCCGCAGAAACGGAGGCAGUAGCAGAGGUCAGAAUGGAAAGAAAGAGCAAAUUGAAAAGAGAGGCUGGUGUCAGUGAAAAUGUGCAUCAUCCUAAUUUAACGUCAGUUUUCUUCCCUGGCUACCCUUCUUCUUCACCAAGCCCAAACAGAAAAUCCAACAGUUCAAGGAGAGAUAAAAGGGAAACGCAGCGUCCAGACAGCAGCCGUAAACUGCACACAACACAAACUGUGACAAAGGGAGAAGAAACUGCAAGUCCUACAAAGAAAAGAAGAGCACAGGAAGACAAAAGAAAUCCAUGGAAGUGAGGACAUAAUAAGGAUGAUAUCUGUAUCUAAAUAUGAUAAGUGUUUUUUGUCUCUUGAAUGGCUUUUGUAUUGUUUUUUUGUUCUUUGUCUUUUUAAGUGUGACUUAUAAUAAAAAAUGAA